AUGUUUUUUGAUUCCUUAAAAAAAAGAAUAUAUGAUAUAAUUUUAAAUAAUAAUUUAAUUUUAAAUAAUGAAGAUAAACAAACAAAUUUAAAGAAUGUUAUUAAUAAUUGUUCUUUAAUAGAAAAUGUUUUAAGAAAAGAAUAUUUAGAAUAUAGGCGUUCACCAAAAAAGAAAUUAAAAACAAUAAUUAUAAAUGUAAUAAGAAAUAUUUUUGAAAAUUACGACCAUUUUAUGAAAAGGACAAUUUGUAGAAAUGAUAAAAUGAAGAUAAACAAAAAUAAAAAAAAUUAUAUGAAAUCAAAAGAAAAUAUAAAGGAUAAAGAUAUAAAAAGCAAAAAGAAAAUGAAAACUGAUAGUAAAGGUGAAGAUGAAAAUGAAGAUGAAGAUGAAAAUGAAGAUGAAGUUGAAGAUGAAGAUGAAGGUGAAAGUGAAGAAGAGAUAAACAUAAAUGAAGUAGAAAAGGAAAAUAUAAAAAUGAUAAAAGAAAAUGCAAAUUGGGGUGAAAAAAAUGAAGAUGAUGAUAAAAUAAAAGAAUUAAAUAAAAAUAGGAACAAAAAACUCAUAAAAAUAGAAAAUAGAAUAAGAGAAAAAAUUAUUAAAGAAGAAAAAAAUAUGUUCUUAAAUUUAAUUAACCAGAAAAUUAAAUCAGAAAUAAAUAAUAUUGUAGAAAACAGAGAAAACAUUUCAAGAAACAACUCCAAUAAUAUUAUAAGUUGUAUAAAAUCUAAUAAAAAUUUAAAAGAUUAUAAAGGAAUUAAAAAUAUAAAAAAGGAUAUUUUAUAUAGUAUAAUUUAUCCAUAUAAAUUUCGAGAGGGUUGCUUUAAUAGUAUUAUAAAUAUUAAUGGUGUAAGUGGAGCAGGAAAAACUACCUUAUCUUAUGCUAUUGCAGGAGAAUGCGAUUGUCCUUUUUUUUAUAUAAAGCUACCAGAGUAUAUAAGAUAUAUAUCAAAUGAUGCAAAAAAUAAUAAAAUAAAAAUAAUAUUUGAAUACAUAAAAAAAGAGUAUAAUAAAGGUAUACUUUGUAUUGAUGAUAUAGAUAUUAUAUUUUCUUCAAAAGAGGAUUCUACUGAUUUAUAUUUAUUUACCUACUUAUUAAAUAUCUUUGAAAAUUCCAAUAUUAUUAUACUUUUAUUAAGUAUUAAUAAACCAUAUGAAAGCGUCCUUUAUACAAAAAUUCAAAAAUUUAUAUCAAUACCUAUACCUACAUAUGAAGAUAGAAUAGAAAUGCUUCAACAAAUAUCUCAAGAAUUUUCACUAUAUUUUGAUAUUAAAUAUACAGCAUCAAUUACAUAUGGUUUUAAUAGAGGACAAAUAUAUGAUAUUAUAAAGGAAUCAUUAAAUCUUUACUUAUAUAGUGAUAUCUUAAAAGAAAAUAUAAAUAUAGAUAUUAUUGAUAAAAAUGCAAAAGAUAUAGAAUGUAAAAAUGAAAAUUUGAAUGAUUUUUAUCAAAAAAAAAAAAUUCUUAAAGAAAAAAAAAAAAAUGAUGAUGAUGCAAAUGAAGAUUUUUAUAGCUUAAAAAAAACGGAAGAAAAAAUUAAAAGUGAUGAUGAAUGUGUAAUGGAAGGAAAUGGAAAUAUAGCAGGAAAAUAUGAAGAAGAAAUUCAAAAUAAUGAAAUUACAAAUAAUACAGAAAAAGAAAAAAUUAUAUUUGAUGUAGAUAAUAGUCCCGAAUAUUCACAUAACGUAGAAAGUAGGAAUUUCUUUAAAAAUGAUUGUUUAAGUGAAAAUAACAAAGAAGUUAAUUUAAAAAGAAAAUAUAGUAGUAUAUUUCAGUGCAAAGAAAAUAAGGAAAACAUAAAUGAGAAAAGAAAAAAAAAAAUAAGUAUAGAUAUUGACAAUGAUAUUAUAUAUGAAAGUGUAAAAAAUAUAAAGAAGAAAAUGGUAACACAAAAUAUAUGUGAAGUACCUAAUAUUAGUUUAGACAAUAUAGGAUCCUUAAAAAAAAUCAAGAAAAUAUUGGAGUGUAAAUUUAUAUUACCAAUUAAAUAUGCUAAUAUAUAUAAACAUUUAGGUAUAAAUAAAAGUAUGGGAAUAUUAUUAUACGGACCUCCAGGAUGUGGUAAAACUAUGCUUGCAAAAGCAAUAAGUAACGAAAUGAAAGCAAAUUUUAUAGCUAUUAAAGGGCCUGAAAUUUUAAACAAAUAUGUAGGAGAGAGUGAGAAGAAAGUACGAGAAAUUUUUUCAUAUGCAUCGAUAUAUAAGCCUUGUUUAAUUUUUUUUGAUGAAAUUGAUAGUAUAUGCAUUAACAGAGCUAAUAAUAAAGCUGCAUUAGCUUCAGAUAGAGUUGUAAAUCAAUUACUGGCUGAAAUGGAUGGUCUUUCACAAAGAGAAAGUGUUUAUAUUAUAGCAACUACAAAUAGACCUGACAUAAUCGAUAAGGCAUUAUUACGAAGUGGUAGAUUUGAUCAGCUUAUAUAUGUUUCAUUACCUAAACAUCAGGGGAGAAUUGAUAUUUUAAAAAAACUUUCAAAAAAUAUGCCUAUAGAUAAAGAUGUAGAUUUUUCUAAAAUAUCAGAUUUGACCAAGGGUUAUAGUGGUGCAGAUUUAUAUGGAGUUUUAAGAGAAAGUGCCUUUAUAGCACUUCAAGAGUGUAAAGAUAAAAUUAAUUUUUUAAAUUCAGAUAUGCAAAGAUCAAAUAAUGCAAUACAUAAUAGUUUCAACGGUUAUAUAUAUGAAUCUAAGGACAAAUCUAUUUUUUUUAAUUCAAAAACCGAUAACUUAAAUAAUAAUAAUAAUAAUAAUGAUUCCACACAAGAGUUCAAGGACAAAAAUGAUAUGCCAAGUACCUGUGUAGAAAAUUUACAUAAUUUUUCAAAUGAUAAUACACUUAACAAGUUACAAAUGAAAAGUAGUUACAAAACUGCCCAGCAUGAUUUGAGUUAUAUGCUAUUUACUCAAGUUAAUAAGAAUUAUAAUUUAGGUAAUGAAAUACAGAGGAAAAAUAAAAAGGAUUAUAAAAAAGCAGUUGAUCCAAAAGAUAAAGUAGUUAAUGAAAAUAGUUUCCAAUUGCAUAAAGAAAAAAGUGUAAUCAAUAAUGAAUUAGAUAAUAAGAAUUGCAAUGAAAUAUCUAAUUAUGAUGAAAAAGAAAUAUUAAGUGAAAAAAAAAAAGGGGAAAUAAUAGAUUAUGAACAUUGCAAUAAUAUAUUCACAAAAAAUAAUAACAUGAUGUAUAAAAUUGAAGAUUUAAAAAAUGAGGAUUUAAGUGAAAAGGAUAAAAAUAAUUUAAUAUAUGAAUUCAUUCAAAAAAAUAAGAAUUUGCUAACAAUUAAGCAAAAACAUAUUUUGUCAGCAAUAAAAAUUAUACCUAGAAGUGUUACUAAGAAACAGAUGAGAUAUUAUAAAGAAAUAAGUAAAAAGUUUAAAUAA